CGUUGACUCUGUUGACAACUAACCGGAAGUCCUGACCAGCCCAUUGGUUUUAUUUAUUUAUUUUGUUCUUCUGCUCCGAGCUGGUUUCUGCUUCUACUUUUGUCCCAUUAACGAAAACAGCAGGAGACCUGAACCGGCAUCGGAUGACCGGGAUGGAGGAGUACCAGAACGGUAAUGAGGGUUCCUUCAGCUCGGAAGAAGCGGACAGCAUCGUUAAAGAGUGCAUCGAGAGCGUGGUGGGUGCUGAUGACUACAGCCAGAACCAGGUGAACAAGUGGACCGCCGGCAUCGUGGAGCGCUGCCUCACCCAGCUGGUCAAGCUAGGGAAGCCUUACAAGUUCAUUGUAACAUGUGCUGUGAUGCAGAAAACAGGUGCCGGACUUCACACUGCUAACUCCUGCUACUGGGACACCACCACGGAUGGAAGCUGCACCGUCAGGUGGGAGAACCGCACCAUGAACUGUGUGGUCAGCGUGUUCGCUGUGGCCAUCGCAUAGGACGCACCGACAGAGGAGGGGUGCAAUGGGCCUCUCUGACCAGCAGGGGGCCCCCAAGGGCCACGGAUGUCUGAGGGCCCUUCACAUGCAUGUCACAGCACGGUCAGCUUCACGCCACAGAUUGAGUCAGUUUAACAGCCAGACGGGGUCAGCGAGACGUUUUCUAUCAGAGCUGAAGGAGAAUAAACACAUUUAUGAUCUAA